AUGGCUCCCGUCGCGAUCGACUCGUCCGCUCUUCCUCCCGUCGACGCCCUUGCCGACGCUCAUCCCCUCAAGGCGGCUAAUCGCUUCAAGCAGUCGCUGAACGGUCUUUCCGACAAGCCUCUAGAACGAACCUACCGCGGCAACAAGGAGGGGACGAUCCACCUCGAGGGCAUCCCGGAGUUUGACGACCUUUAUGCGAAGCGUCAGUGGGUCAAGGAACACCUUGCGGCGGCGUUCCAGUACUGGGGAAAGCUUGGCUACGGCGAAGGCCUUUCGGGACACAUCACGGUCCGCGACCCCGUCUGGCCGGAUCAUUACUGGAUGAACCCAAUCGCCGUCCACUUUAGCAGCAUCACCGUCUCAAAGCUCUGCCUCGUCACGCCUGAAGGCUACGUCCACCCCGAUGGGGCGCAACUUCCCAUCAACACCGCCGGCUUCCACAUCCGUGCGCUCCUUCCCAGGUCGUGCCACCUGACCCGCCCAACUAACCUUCGCUCGCUCCCCGCAGACUCCGCUAUCCACAAAGCCCGACCAGAACUUCAAGCCGCCGCACACUGCCACAGUCUCUACGGCAAGGCAUGGUCGGUCUUUGGCAAGCCGAUCGACAUCCUCACGCAGGACGCGUGCCUGUUCCACGACAACCAGGCCGUGUACAAGAAUUUCGGCGGAAUCGUACUUGCGCCGGAGGAGGGGAAGAACAUUGCUGAGACGCUUGGGCCGAAGAACAAGGUCGCUAUUUUGCAGAACCAUGGCUUGCUCACGACGGGCAUGACGGUCGGCGAAGCGGUCUACUAUUUCAGCGCUCUCGACCGUCUCUGCAAGGUCCAGCUGCUCGCCGAGGCAGCCUGUGCCAACGGACUUGAGAAAAAGGUCAUCGACGACGAGGACGCCUCCUUCACCGCCGCGACGCUGCAGAACCCGGAGAACGUCUACGUCAACUGGAAGCCCGAGUACGAGUUGCUCGUCGAGGAGCGAGGGCACAUCUGGAUGAAGUAA